UGGAGGGGCGGGCCGAAGGUGGAGAUCCGGAUCCGGAGCGGCUGAAAGGCGGAAGUGGAGGUCGGAGCCUGGGACACCGCCGGGGGGGAGAGGAGCGGAGUCAGCCCGAGCCCCCGCCUCACAGGACGCCGCCGCCCCGGAGCCACGUUGGAAGCCCCCUUCCCACCAAGUGCCUCUCUGCGCAGCACCGCAGCACCAGCCCCCACCCCACGCUCCCAGGGACCACGACAGUCAGCAGCACAGGCCAUGGCGGGUCGGGGAGGCGCAGCUCGCCCCAACGGACCAGCCUCGGGGAACAAGAUCUGCCAGUUCAAGCUGGUCCUGCUGGGGGAGUCGGCAGUGGGCAAGUCCAGCCUCGUGCUCCGCUUUGUCAAGGGCCAGUUCCACGAGUACCAGGAGAGCACCAUUGGAGCGGCCUUCCUCACACAGACGGUCUGCCUGGACGACACAACGGUCAAGUUUGAGAUCUGGGACACAGCUGGCCAGGAGCGGUACCACAGCCUGGCGCCCAUGUACUACCGCGGCGCACAGGCAGCCAUCGUGGUCUACGACAUCACCAACACGGACACUUUCUUGCGGGCCAAGAACUGGGUGAAGGAGCUGCAGCGGCAGGCCAGCCCCAACAUCGUCAUAGCGCUGGCGGGGAACAAGGCCGACCUGGCCAGCAAGCGGGCCGUGGAGUUCCAGGAUGCCCAGGCCUACGCUGAGGACAACAGCCUGCUGUUCAUGGAGACAUCUGCCAAGACUGCCAUGAACGUCAACGAGGUCUUCAUGGCCAUCGCCAAGAAGCUGCCCAAGAAUGAGCCCCAGAACGUAGCAGGUGCGCCAGGCCGGAACCGAGGUGUUGACCUGCAGGAGAGCAGCCCAGCCAGCCGGGGCCAGUGCUGCAGCAACUGAGCGCUGCCCUCAGACCAACACAACUGCCGGAACCCAUGCCGCCCACUGCACUUAGGCCGCUGCUGGCUGCGGGCAGGAGGCUCGGGACCCUCCUCUGACUCUGAUCCUGGGCUGGGGCAAUGUUCCACCUGCACCUUCUGUACAAAUACUAAUUCAAUUUUAAGUCUUAAGUCACUUUUUUAAUAUAUAUAUGAUCUCUUCUCUUCCCACCGCCCCCUCCACCACUCUGCCGCUGGUCCUUUGCAGGGAUGGCCAAGCUCUUGUCCCCGCCUUGGGGAUACAGCCAAAGGUGACCCCUCUGUGCCUUCUUGCUGAAGGGCAGAUUUGGGGCACCUGUGUCCUCACCUUGUCAGGAGUGGCCUCACCCAGGACGGUGGGCCCUGGAAGGGACCUACUCCCUGUGGCUGGCCCUCCUCUGCUACCCUGCUGCCAGCCAGCUCUGGGCAGGAGGGGACCACAGCAUUACUGCAGCGUCCUUGUGACAGCCACACACCCAUGGCCCAGAUGCCCCCCUCGGUCAACCCGACCUCUGCUCUGAGCCCUGUUCUGACCAAAUCACGAUGAUGAGUAUUGGGGGGUAGGGGGCAUGGGAAGGGACAGAACCAACUUUUUCUGUAUUUUGUAUUGUAUGUUUCUUCAACAUGUAACCAAUCAGUAUCUUGUCAAUAUAGUCAGCUGAUCGAUGGACCUAA